CUAUAUAAAGCGGGUGUUGGGUCCGGUGUUCUGAUCAUAAUUAAUUCAGGUGUUCUACCGUUACCUAGUUCCUUGGAGGACGAACCCCGUACCAAAUCAACACAGACCAAUCAUGAAGUGCAUGGUAGCUGCAGUCAUCUUGGCUCUGGCCGUUGUCUCGGAAGCCGGAAUCAUUCCAGCCUGGCCGUACGCUGCACACUGGCCGGCACCAACUGUGAUCCAAUCGAACGUGCUGGCCCACCCGUACGGAGCUCUGUCCCACGCUGCCAUCCACGCCGCUUACCCAGCAAUCCAUGCCCCAUUCGCUCACGUAGCCCCAGCCGUCUACGCAGCCCCAUACCUUGCCGCCCCUCAUGUGCCAGCUGCUUCGGUUGCUCACCAUGCCGGAGUUGUUCCGGGAGCCACCUCCGUCACUGCUACCCGAGGUGCCGUCCAUGUUGCCCCCCUGCCCGGACACGCCGUUUCGCAACAACAGUUGAACCUUGCUCCAGCUCCGGGAACCAUCUAGAUCUGGUACUGAUCGGAUCACAUUUGACACAUGCUAGUCACCGGAUCUGAGAAGGAUUUUUCUGUCCUUUUUCUACCCCCUCUUUUCUACUACUGUCUAUCACUCUGUCGUUCAAAAGUGCACUCUAUCGCAUCCCCAGUUAUGUCAACACUUCUCGAAUGAAUGCAAGUUCUGGACCAGCAAGUGAAUAAAAUUGUUUUCAUUGUUUCUUCUUUAAAA